AUGGGGGAUCAAUUUGAUUCUUCCCAACCUAAACUGUAUGCUGAAAAACUUCAAGGAAGGAGAACGUUACCAUCAACAACUAUUGACUUGAGCAAGUUACCAAACCCUACGGUGAAAGAGGGUAAACCAGCUGUGAUUCUGCCCCAGGAAUACUAUGAGGAGGGUUGCGAAGUGUGGAGAUUUAGUCUCAUUGGGAUACUGGAUUUCAAGGAUAUUAACUUUACUGAUGCGAAGAAAGAAUUGGAAUCUCAAUGGCAGCUUGGGAAUGGUCGUGUUCAGUUCAUCCCUAUGGUCAGGGGUUUCUUCAUUAUCAAGUUACUAUCACAAGAAGAUAAAAAUAAGAUUUUUGAUGCUGAGGCUUGGAUUGUUGAUCACCAGAAGCUUAAUCUUUUGGAAUGGUACCCUAGUUUUGAUCCUCAAAAACAGAAAACAUCUCAUGCUACUGUUUGGGUGAAAUUUCCUGGUUUACCUAUGGAGUUUUGGCUGGAGAAAACGUUGUUGGCUAUGGCUAAAACCAUAGGCACGCCAAUUGUUGUUGAUCAGCGCACCUUGGCGCAUGAAUAUGGCUACUAUGCAUCAGUCCUUAUUGAUAUCAAUUUCGCUGAACUUGAUACUGAUUCUAUUCAUGUAACAGUGGGUGGUUUGGAUUUUUGGCAAAAAUUCGACAUCCAUAAAAGGCCUAAAUUCUGUUCGUAUUGCAAGAUUAUUGGUCACGCUGAUGGAGAAUGCAGGAAGAAGAAUAAUUCUGCUAAUCAACAGUAUGGUAAUGCUCGUCCAAAUUCUCGUCAGAAUCGAAGUGAUAAUCGUACUGCUGAUUUACGCUAUGGCGAUGGUACUUCUAAUGGCGCUGUAAUUGAUGGCCAAGAUUGGCAGGUUGCACAGCGUAAGAAAAGGAAGAGUGCUCCUCACAUUCCUGUGGUUCCUGAAGUACAUAAGAGGGUGGAUGAGGCUUUUAAUGAGGAGUAUACUGUUCAGCUGGAGAAAGCUAAGCAGUUGGAGAUUGUAAUUGCAAAGUCCAAAGCUGAUAUGGAAGCUGCAUCGGUUGAAUUGGCGAGAACUAAACAGGUGUUAGACUCGAAUUCAGUUUUAGUUGAAAGUGGCUUAGUGGGUGAAACUAGGACACUACAAACUAAGUCAGGAUUGGUUGGAAAUCAGAUUCCAAAUCUUGAUAGGACUAAUUCUUCAACUCCUCUUUGUGAUGAGUUUAUGGCUGGUGAACAACUUCUGACAAGAAACAAGUUCAACCUACUUAAAUCUACGGAUGGUACGUCGUCUAGUCUGGAGGAUCGUGGUGCGCUGUCUUCUUUGGAAACAAACAAAAUGCGGUCUCUUCAAACUAAUUGUAAGGGUAAUAAGACUGGGGAUCAACAGGCAGCCCAGUCUAAACAAGUUUCGUAUAUUGAUUCAAGUUUAGGAAAACGAGAUGCUAAAGGAAGUUCUCCUCGUAUAAUGCCUGGAGAGCAAGUGAAGAUAACCAAGCCAUCCAAGCCUGGUUUUUAA